AUUGGCAUCACUGCGCACUGAACAAAACAAAAAUAAAUAUUUGUACUGAUAAAACUUUUAUAAGGCAGAAAUCGUCAUUUUCCAUUUCAAUUAGGGUGUCUUUCGUGAUUUUCAGGUGUACGGCAUAUCAAAAAACACAACAGCUAUGUUUUCGUUUUUUAAAAGCAAAAAACCAAGCCCAGAUCAUACACCUGCAGAGCCGAUUCCAGGUCCUGUACCACCAGCCCCAAAGGAAGAUGAUUUCAUCAUAGUGGAACAUAAGGGAUCUCCUGGUAGCGCGGCUGAUUCACCUGUGCGUGGACUCUAUCCAAGCAUACCACUUCCGACCAAUUCUAUGGGAAAUGUGCCAGGAGCUGCCGUCGCAACCGCCACACGUCAACAGAGUGAGGAGAAAACAAGCCAUAUCCUGUAUGGGGUGCCAUUCAAGCUAUCGCCCGAGCUCGUUAAAGAUAGCAACCUUGAAAUUACACAAUACCAAGUGAACGAAAUACUUGCAUUCGUCAAUAAAGUGGCGGUUUCGCAGAUGGCCUACGAUUUUAGCUUGGAGAGAAGUGUACUGUCGGAAACAUAAUUACUGACUUCUUGUUGCGAAAUGUGAUAACUCCAGUGGUUACGCUUCUAAAGAGUAUAUUUUAAUAAACCAAUAAUAAUGUCAACAUUAGUAGCUAAGCUGGUAUUGUUAUAAUGAAUUAAAUUGUGCAGUAUGUA